ACUGUGUUUCGAUAAUUUGAAAACAAUACUUUCGAAGUACAUAUAUUUCCCAAUGAAGUGCCCAAGUAAAUUCGAACCGGGAUUCUUUCUUUCAUCUUUCAAAAAGAUCUAAAAUUCCCUCUCUGCUCUUUUAUGGGAGCUCUGCUCUUUAGCUUUUGAGAGCAGGCCGUCGCUUCAUUGGCGUAUUGAACAGAUUUAACCAUUUAUUGUAUCCUCAAUUUGGGAUAAAAUACAGGUGUUCCAUACCUGCAUAUAGUAAGCUUGACAUUCACUCAGUGUCAAUGCUAUAAAAUAUUCGAUAAGGAGAAGCUGUUUUUAGGGGAAAAAAUUGGUUAGUUUGGCUGGAACAUUGGCUAACGAGUGUGAUUAGGUUACAGGCAUCGUUGAAGGCAUAAGGGAUGGCAUCUGUUUUGCAAAAUGCAGGGGAUGAAACAACCUGCUUUCGAAUUACUCAUUCUAAUCUUAAGCAUCAUUUUAACGAGAUGCGCUUUUCCCUUCACUCUACAGUUGGGGCCACAAAAGAGAGGCUUUGGAAGAAUUGUGGCACAGCAGUUGACUCUAUGCUUCUUCAGCUCUUUGAUGAUAAUGACAAGAAGAUUGCUGACAUGAGUGAAGACUCAAGACCUCUUGGGUUUUACUCUCCAUAUGAUGGGUAUCGCAUACAUAUUCUAGAUCUAGAUCCAUCCUCUGUGACAGCUGGAGGCUGGUUGGAAGACACUUCGCUUGUGGAAAAGUUCUCCAUUUCUGAAGAUGCUUAUGAUAAACUUGAUGAUACCGUUAGGAAGUUCAAGGAAAGAUUGAUUUCUCAAAAUCCUUCUAUGUCUCGACCCAAGAUUACAGAUGACUACAUGGAAGAUCUUGCUGUAAAUAUCAAAGUAGGUGAUAGAUGUGAGGUUGAUCCUGGUGGCAAGAGGGGAGUUGUUAUGUUUGUUGGAAGAGCAGAAACUCUAGCACCUGGAUUUUGGGUUGGAGUUCAGUAUGAUGAACCUAUUGGCAAGCAUGAUGGAAUGGUGAAAGGAAAACAUUAUUUCAGCUGCCCACCACUUCAAGGAGUGAUGCUUCGCCCAGAUAGAGUGAAGGUGGGCGAUUUUCCUGAACGAGAUCCCUUUGAGGAAGAAGAAAUAUGAUUUUUAGAUUAUUCAUUGUGUGCCAUUCAGAGCUUUGAGUUGAUAUUUUUAAAUGCAACCCCUUAUAAAGUUAAUCAACUUCUGCGAUGGAAAGAUGACUGAAAUCGGAGUCUUACAAGGAUAAUUCAUAUUCAUGUUCCUAACAAGAGCAGCAUAAGAUAUUUGAAUGUCCACUUUUCAUUCUUAUGAUGCUAAACUGUAUAUGUUUAUGACUAAUAUAGUAUCUUGUCUUGGAUUAAGUUCAUAAUUGUUUUUUCCUUAAAAUUUACUUUGCUCGGUAGUUGAUGCAGGGAGAAUUUUAACUCUGUACAACGUCUCUUUCUGCUCAUUGUGCAUAUUUAUCAAAGCCGCUCUAGUCUGAACAUUUCAAUUGAUUUUUUAGUUGGUUUUAAUUGUAAA